UCCGCCUUCUUCUGACGCACAUUCCCUCUUUUUUGAUUCUCAAAUCUCUGAGAUUCUUCUGCACAAUACGGAAAUGGCGAAAUUCAUUGCUUUCUGUUGUUGUCUUCUUUUGAUGAACGUCGCUUUCUCUUUGGAACAAACGGAGGAAGUUCCGCCAUCUCCACCCCCUGAAUCUGCUGCAAGUUUUCCUCCACUGCUCUCUCCUACUCCAUUUCCUCACGCUCCAGCGAGUUCUCCGGUGGAAUCGCCUUUGCACUCUCCUCCUGCGCCUCCGCCCUCAGAUCUCGUUCCCAGUCCAUCUCCUGCGCGUGGUCCUUCUCCGUCACUGAAUCCUGCCCCAUCGCCAGCGGCUGAUGGCGAUUUUCGUAACAGCAUUUCUAAUAACGGUGGAGAAGAGUCGGAAUCCUCCAAAGGCGGGAUGAAUGGAGGAAAGAAGGCUGGAAUUGCAGUUGGAGUGAUUGCCGCUGCGUGUUUCGUUGGAAUAGGAGGAAUCGUGUACAAGAAGCGCCAAGACAACAUUCGUCGAUCUCAGUACGGGAACGCUGCUAGAUCUUCGUUCUUAUGAGUUACGAGGAACUGAAUGUCGAUGGUAUGGAAUUCUCUGUAUUAGAAGAGGAUAGCAUUUCUAUUGAGUAAAUAGCAUUAUCAUUUUAUUUUGAUUAACUCAUUGUCCAGGAGGUUGCUAGUAGCACUUCGCUUUAUUGACUAAUUCUGAAUAGCAUUGUGUGAUUAUUCUUUUCAUA